AUGGCACCUAAAUCGUCCUUGGCAGCUGCCGCCACUGCCGUUCUUGCACUCACCUCGUCGGUGGUGGCCGCGCCAUCUCAGUCCGUCGCUGAGCGAGACGACUCCGGACCCAGCUUGACAACUCAACUGACCAUCGCGGAUUCUACCGUGGACAAGUUCAAUCUCCUCAAGGAUGAGGACUUUGUCUUCGAUUUCAAGACCGGUCCGCUGGCCUAUCGCAAGAACUUUCCCGCUCUGUCCACCGUAGGUGGCGCCAUGGCAUAUGCCUCGCUCCCAGCUUGCGGCAUGGUUGCCCUCCAUCAGCACCUCCGAGCCAACGAGCUGUUCGUCGUCACCUCCGGCAAGAUCUACUCCGAGAUGGUCCCGGAAGCCGGCGUCGUUGCCAACGGGGCUGACAGGAUCAUCAAGACCGAGCUCACGGCUGGUCAGAUGACGAUUUUCCCCCAGGGAACCUUGCACACCCAGGUCAACAUGCAGUGCCAGAAUGCGAGCGCCGUCGCCUCGUUCAACUCCGACGACCCCGGUACCAUCAUGGUCCUGCCCAAGGCCUUCACCAUGACGGAUGGGCUUGUUCAGACGAGCUUCGGUACCAUCUUUGAAGGCAAGGACAUCGACUCUGUGAGGCAGGCUCUGCCCAGCGGCGCCCUCAUGAUGGUGGAGGAGUGUCUCAAGAGGUGCAACAUGACCAAGAACUAG